AAACUCUCAGAGACYCUUUGAAGGACGUUAGAGGAGGGAGGGGAGCCAGGACUGACUGGACUUUCUGUCUGCUGUGUUUUCAGCUUCACUCAGAGUCGAAAUGGCUUCCAGAUCAGAGGAGGAUCUCUGCUGUCCGGUCUGUCAGGAGGUCUUCAGAGAUCCUGUUGUCCUGUCAUGUAGCCACAGCUUCUGUAAAGUCUGUGUGAAGAACUGGUGGAGACAGAAACCAACACAGGAGUGUCCUGUUUGUAAGAGAAGAUCCUCGAAGAUGGACCCACCCUGUAACCUGGUUCUGAAGAACCUCUGUGAGUCCUUCUUACAGGAGAAACAUCAGAGCUCUUCAGAGGCUCUCUGCAGUCUGCACUCUGAGAAACUCAGACUCUUCUGUCUGGACCAUCAGGAACCAGUUUGUCUCGUCUGCAGAGAUUCAGAAAAACACAGCGAGCACACAUUCAGACCCAUGGAUGAAGCUGCACGACAACACAAAGAGAAAAUUCUGGAAACUCUGAAACCAUUAAAGCAGAAACUGGAGCUCCAGAAGAAAGUUCAGUGUGAGAUUGAUCAGACAGCAGAACACAUGAAGGUCCAGGCCCGACAGAAGUGGCGACCCCGGCUAACUGACACCCUGCCUCUCCUGCCGGCCUCUCUCCUCUGCCCCCCCACCCCCUGCCAUCAUCGGAUCUCUGUCGUGCCGGCGGUGGAUUGGACCGCUCUCAUCGGAGGCUUCGUGCGGGGGGUUUUCGGUCUGGCGCCGCCUCCCCCUGGGGCCGGCGUGCGCUCCCAGCAGCCCGUGGUGCCCUGCGCCCCGCCCUCCCCAUCGCUGCACACCAGAGCCCAUGCCCAGGGUGAGAACUCCAUCGUGACGCCGGCGACGGGGCCGUAA